AUGGAUGAUCCACUCAUUACACAAGGAAGAUCGAAGCGUAAAGCUCAAAAGAUUUCAAAUCUACAUCGUUUUCGAGUUGAGUUAUUUUAUGAAGUGAUCGAUAGACAACUUCAAGAGCUUAACAAUAGAUUUACCAAGGUGAACAUUGAGUCGCUUCUUUGUGUAACAAGCUUAAAUCUAAGAGCUUCACUUUUUAUAUUUGAUAAGGAGAAGUUGAUUCGUUUAACUAAGUUUUAUCUAUCAGAAUUUUCUCAUGUGGAGCUUAUGGUGCUUAAUAGUCAGUUUGAGACUUUUAUCAUAGAUCUUUGGUCUGAUGAUCAAUUUUCAAAGUUAAAAGGAAUCACUGAACUUUCUGAAAUGUUGGUGAAAACUAAAAAGCAUAUUGUGUAUCCCAAUGAUAUACUUACUUGUGAGGUUAGCUUUGAUUUUACAUGUGACAACUGCAACUGCAACUGUUAA